GAUGCCACCCUGAUAAAACAGAGAAACAUUUGAAAUACUUUCAAACACUCAAAGAUAAAUUUCAGAAGAGACCUACACUGGACAGGAUGUUCGCUUCGACGUCACAAAGAAAUGAUAAUGGUUUGCGGGCAUCUUACAAUAUCUCGUUACUUAUAACAAAAUCCGGAAAACCGCAUACUAUCGGAGAUAAGUUAAUUUUGCCAGCCGUUGAAGAGGUUUUAAAAACUGUUUUACACAAACCUGCAUCUGAUAUCAUUAAAAGAAUUCCCUUAAGCAACAAUACUGUUGAAAGAUGUAUUGAUGAAAUGAGUUCUGAUAUUGAAAGCUUCUUAUGUAAUUAUUUGCAAACGACCCAUUUCUCUAUACAACUGGACGAGUCAACUUUACCUGAUAAUGCAGCAUUAUUAUUGGCAUAUGUUGAUUUUAUUAUGAAUCAAGAAAUCUACGAAGAACUGCUGUUCGCAAGAACUUUGAUAAGCGACACUAAAGCUGAAUCAAUAUUUCAGGUUUUGAAGGAAUACUUCAUUGAAAAAGCAAUUCCUUUAUGAAAUAUAAUAACAGUAGCUACACAUGGAGCACCUGCCAUGGUUAGACGUUAUCGUGGAUUUAUAAGCUAUUUAAAACAAAAUGUGUCAGGGGUGUUAGCAAUACAUUGCGUCAUCCAUCGACAACACUUAGUUGCUAAAAAUUUGAGUGUUAGAUUGCAUGAAUCACU